GGCUUUUUCCGGCGAUUUCUGUCGGUUAGCUAGCUAAACUGAUUAGCCUGCUACUGCCAGCUAAUGUUUGUGGGAUGUUUAUUGUAAGCUGAACCGGAGUGGAUGAUACAAAUAGAGUAGAAAAAUGGCGGACGUAGAGGGACAAGGGAUCUCCUCAUCUGUCCCUCCGUUGUCUCACCCUUCGUCUCGUAACGGCUCCGGUAGCGGUAACGUUACACCGGGCACCGGCGACAGCUGCCAGGCGGCAACCACCGUUACUUCAGGCCCGCGGCUAGUCCGGAUAGUGAAGUCUGACUCGGGCUAUGGGUUUAAUGUCCGGGGACAAGUUAGUGAAGGAGGGCAGCUACGGAGCAUUAACGGGGAACUGUACGCUCCUCUGCAGCAUGUUAGCGCUGUCUUACCGGGAGGCGCCGCCGACAGAGCCGGUAUAUCGAAGGGGGAUAGAAUCCUCGAAGUGUAAGUGGCUAAUAUAUUGUUACUUACAGACAAACCACUGUGUCAAAACGUGUUUGAAUGGAACAAUAUAGGAGAGCAUGUGUGCAUCAUUUACCGUAUCUUCAUUAGUGUCAGUCACUAAAACCUCUCUGUGUGUGUUUGUCUGUGUAGCUUGAUACUUGUCUAGCAAGACAGAAUAGCUGUUGAUCCCAAUGAAAGGAGUGUCUGUGUGUGUCCGAGAGGAGAGAUCCAGGGAUCAUUUUGUAUUCUUGUCACAUUGCAACCUAUUCCUCUCAUUCACAGCAUACCACCUCUUCAGCACCUCACAUCACUGUAACCAGGUGCAUUGUGUAAUCAAACUGCAUUACAUAUUGUCUGAGUUUGUUUGCUUUACUUUCAGAAAUCCUGAGAGUUAAGACAGACAAGUAGUAUGACAAACAUCACUGAAAUUAGAAAAUUAACCCCACAUGGUCUUGAUAACUGCAGCAGUGUGUAUGUAUGCUGCAUGUAGGACAAACGUGGUCCCCAAUGGCACCUUUUAGUAUGCACAGAGAUUGCUUGCUGAUGUUAGGCUCUGUUGCUAUGGAGAGGAAGACGCAGCAUACAGCUCAGCAUCAGCACUGGUCCUUCAGUGUGACUGUGACUGUUGAAUAAGGUGAUGCAGGAAAGGGGGGGAUGCCAUCAGUUCGAUUCUGAUUGGCUUCUGCCUGCAAAAUUCAACAUUUCAUUGGCUGGAUUUUGCACACUGCUUCCUUAAUGCAUGGCCUGCAGUAACCUGGCAGUUUGUUGACCCCAUUAUUCCGCUGUGCGUGUGUGCAUGCAUCUGAUUUCACGUAUGUGCAGUUGGCUUUUUAGAACUUCCGCUUGGCCAUUUACAAUCAAUAUGUCCGAGUAUAUUUUCAAAUAGCCCCUGCAUCUGAACUUGUGAUGCACAUUGAUCCAAACAGUAAGACCCCUUUUUAUUUGUUGAUAGCGUUUGCUUUAACACUCAGUAACAUAGCCCUUCUAUCUUUUAAUCGAAUAGGAAUCAUUUUAGCUGAUUUGCUUUGUCUUUUUAUGUUUCGUGAAUAUUUUUCUCUGUGAGUGAUGUACAUCGUAAAACAUCUUCCACUUAAGCAAAUAUGAAGACAUUACAUAAAACAUCCCUGAUUAUUUUGAAAUCAGGUGCAAAGGGAUGAAAGAUAUGCCACAUAAGGACUCUGUCUCUUAAAAACUGUUUAUCAUGUACAGAAGAGCUGAUAGAGCAAGUGCAAAGGCCACCUCAUCAGGUGCUUAUUAUGCAGCUGUAAAUGUGCCAGGUUUGAAAAGCUGCCAGAAUAGCUAGACUGUAUUUUGUGUCCAGGUAGAAGUUUGUUCUUUCCCCACAUUACUCCUGCAAAAAGAUUGCUUUCCUGUCAGCUACUUUCUUCAUACAAUUUCUUCACAAUUCUGCCUGUAGGUUCCAACUUUAAUUAGUGAAUCUAUGUUCAGAUUGUCCCCUUUUUCUUCUUUGCAAAUUCAUGGUAAAAGAACUGAUACAGCAGUUCAGCCUUUUCUUCUAUGUCUAACACAUUGGUUUCUUCCAGCUCAUUCUGGUGUGUUCCUUCUAUGGCUUUUGAUCUGUGAUUUGAAACAAACACCAGAUACUUUUGACCCAAUGAAAAGUAUAAGUGCUCAGGUAGAAACCCUUCUCACCCCCAAUUGCAUCUCCAACCCAGUAUUUUUGUCCUGUUGCCAGGUUACAUAGCCCGCUGUAUGACCCUCAAUGGCAAAAACUAAAAACAAUCCAUUGCACCUCUAACAGACCCAGACUUUGUCCAUGCAAGGUCUGGCUAUUGACCAAAAAAGUGAGUUAUCAUGUUUAAUCCUUUUGCAAACAGUUCUAUCCCUGUGGGAUUUUGAAGGGAUUUUGGUAGUAGUUUAGACAGUGCUGAAAUAAAAGGCAGGGCACAGGUGGAAGCAAAAGUCAAGAACUGUGCCAGUGUUGUUCAAGUAUUGCUUAAGCAGCAUAUUCAAGCAUUAUGUCUUGAAAAAUGCUACCCAGAAAGCAUUGUAUUAGACAACCAGAGACAGUCUUGAAAUAGCUACUUAAUUCCCAGUGCAAUUAAAGAUUUUUCCCUGUUAUUGACUGGGUUGCAUUUAGCUUGUGAAAUAUGGUAAUGCACGGCAUUCAAGGACACUCUUGCUCCUGCAAAAUUUGGAAGAAUUUCAAGAAGUUGUGCUAACUUAUGCAUUCAUCCCAUUAUUUCCAAGCCAUUGUUUGAGUGGCAAAACUCAUUACAUUAUCUCCAUUCAUAAGGCACAGACUAUUACAGGAUACUGAUGUCAGUUUGGCAUGGCUUAAAUAUUAACUCAUCAGCCUUCUCACAAAAUUAGGACGUGUUUUUAAAUGUGUCAGAAACAGUUAGAGGUGCUAAAAGAUGCUGCGGCUGCCUUUUUUGAGAGAACUUAACUACAGGUCAGGUCACUACAGUACUGUCAUCAGCACCUCUGUCAUGACUGUGACACAUGCUGCCCAAAGGGCACACACCCCAUGUUGCUCACAGUAAAGCUUGGUAACAUAAAGCAACAGUCUGACUCCUAUCUGUAGGAAGAUAGAGAUUUUACAACGGUCACUCAUUUGCUUAUACCCAUUUACCAUGCAAACGGAUGCUGCUUUAUCCAGUACCACUGUGUUGAACUGAGCAAAAGAGUUAGUUUCAUUAAAUAACAGAUAAUAUAUAACAGCAAAAGUAGGGCAUACGUUUAAAAACCCAACCCCAAAAAAAGUUGAGAAGUUGCAUAAAGCAAAUUAUAUGUAAUGACAGAUAAUUCAAACCUUGUUUUGCAAGUAAUUUAAACCCCAUACUUAACUGAAAAUAGAAGUGAAAGGAAGAAAAAAAGUGAUGAAACAGGUCCCAACUAGUUAGUCACAUUCGCAUUUUUAAAGACAUAUACUCAUAUAUUCAGCAAGACAAUGCCAAAUCCGAGUGGGUGCUACACUGACCUGCCUGCAGUUCCAACUUCUCCCCCAUUGAAACUAUUUCAUAGAUAGAUAGAUAGAUAGAUAGAAAGAUAGAAAGAUAGAAAGAAAGAAAGAUUAUCGCAGUCCGACAAAAUACAAUAAAAUAAAAUAAAUAAAAUACAAGACAAGACAAUGAAAAACAAGAUAUAAACAAUAUAUACACAUGAAACCUUCGAUAGAAUACCUAAAUAUAAUGAAUCUUAAAUAGAAUACUGGAAUACUGUGGAUAUGUACAUGUGCAUACAGCGUGCAAUAUAACAAUAUAUGCAAUAUAAUAUUUGAAACACUGAACUAGGGCUGCUUGUUUAUGGCAAAAAUCAUAAUCACAAUUAUUUUGACUGGUAUUGAGAAAAGAGUGAGAUUCUUUGAUAAAAUAAAAUGACUUCUACAAUCGAUUGAUUAUUAAUUGAUUGGUUUAGGGCCUUUUUAUCUUAUCAGUUGUCUGUAUAUGAAAAUUGACAGUCUGGGCCAUUCAAUGCACAGGCUUUUACCACCCAGGAGAAAAGUAGCUUCAGACACUCCUAUGGUCCCUUUGAAAAAAAAGAAACUCACAAUAUGGUUAUUUGAUUUUAGUUGUAACACAAAGCUGUGCAUAAAAGAAAAAGUGAACCAAACAAUAGAGGGAAGCUUGUAAGAGUCUGACUGACAUCUUCAUCUGUUCCUCUAUGUUUCAACAGUAACGGUGUGAAUGUAGAAGGAGCCACCCACAAGCAGGUGGUGGACCUGAUCCGGGCUGGAGAGAAGGAGCUGGUGUUAGCCGUGCUGUCGGUUCCACCUCAAGAGGCUGACUGCCUGGAUCCAGGAGACGAUAUUUCAGCCCAGUCCUGCUAUGAUUACUCUGAUAAACAGGCCGUCCCGAUCUCUGUGCCGAGCUACAAACACACAGAGCUCAACCAGGAAAAGUUUGUGGUGGGUGCAGUUGUGAAUGAAUUCAUAGAUGGCUGAUUAAGAAGAGGGAAAGGAGAUGACAAAAAAAGUGGAUGGCUUGAAAAAUAAAAAGAUGCCUACACUGAAAUAACAUGUAAAAAUAACUGUGAAAUUGUGACAUUAUUGUGAAAUAAUUAAAUUAGUUUCAUUACUCUUCCUCUCUUACAGGUGUAUAACGUGUACAUGGCUGGCAGACAACUUUGUUCCAAGCGUUACCGGGAAUUCGUGAUCCUACACCAAAAUCUAAAAAGGGAAUUUGCCAAUUUUACAUUCCCAAAGCUGCCCGGAAAGUGGCCUUUUUCCCUAUCGGAGCAGCAGUUAGAUGCACGACGUAGAGGCCUUGAAGAAUACCUUGAGAAAGGUCAGUUUUCCACAGAGAUUUUAAGCUUUAAGUGUUCAUAUAUGCUCUUUAAAAAAGGUCUCCCCCUUAAUGUCAGUUCUCUCUCAUCUCCAGUGUGCUCUGUGCGGGUAAUCGGAGAAAGUGACAUCAUGCAAGAGUUCCUGUCUGAAUCAGAUGAGGUAAAAAAGAAGGAGAAACCUCCAUGAGUGUGCGUGUGUGUGUGUGUGUUUUUACGGCCCUCUGCCUGUGACUCAUGGCACCGUCUGUCUUUCCUUCUCAUGACCUAGAACUAUAAUGGCGUCUCAGACGUGGAGUUGAGAAUAGCCAUGCCAGACAAAACCACACUCACUGUUAGAGUCCGCAAAAACUGCACUACAGACCAAGUCUACCAGGUAAACACUUUCAAAGGCCUGUAAAAUAAAAUCACUUCUUCUGCUCAAAUGUUCUUCAAGUCAUAUUGUAAAUGCCUAAUCUUGUUUUCCUGUUUUUUUCCCUCCUCCAGGCUGUGGUUACGAAGCUUGGGAUGGACAGCGUAACAGCCAGCUACUUUGCUCUGUUUGAGGUCAUCAACCACACCUUCGGUUAGUCAGAGAAAGUUCAGAGUUUUUGCUCUGAGUUUCACUUUUCUUGCUUCAGCCAUUCUUUUCAAAAUCAUCCUGGUGAACACCUGAAGGCCACUGUACAAGAAUAAUGUUAUUCAUCAUCACCUUGAAUGGUCCUCACUUUUUCUAAGGCCAGCACAGUGCAAAGAUGUCUUCAUCUAAUCUUUGUGUGCUCUUUAGUGAGAUACUGUAUGCCCUUGACCUAUACAAGGGAUAGUUCAUUCUUUUAGACAGGACUAUACAAGCUCCCUGUUACUACUAGGGGUGUUAUCCACAAGGGACCCAGUCUGUUUGGCCUCUUUGAUGAGAAACCAGACGGAGAAGUGGCACAGGAGCUAGGUUAUACACCGCUGCAGACAGGGUCAGUUUUACAAAGUCAUUUAUUAUCUCCCUUCUCUCUUUACCUCCUCUUUACACUCUGGUUCAUUAGCGUCUCCUCUUGUACCCACAAUAGAUGACAUGUCUAUGUUAUCAUCAAAUCCUAAGUUUUGGUAUGGUUUUAUAAAGUCUGCAGCUCAAACAGCUGAUCUACAAAUGGUGCAAAAACAAAGACGCUCUUUGAAAACUAAGUGUGUCUUUAAAAAUUCUGAACAUAUAUGAUCAAACUGACCCUGUCUGCAGUGAUCGAUGGCCUGGCCUCUGUUGUUUUCUUAAUGAAGGGUUCUUGCUGACUGGCAUCUUUUGUGAACUAUACAUUUACUAAUAAGUGCUCCGUACAACCGCAUGAAAUAAAAAAAACUAUCCCUUUGGCCCUGUGCAUCUGCUGGCUGCUUUCAGAUUGGCUGGUCGCUCCUGCCAAAUCUCUUGUACUCUGAUAUGCCAAAGAAAAAUGGCCUAAAUGGAUGUCGCCUGUCAUUAUUUAAAGUCAUUGCCUUGCUCUCAUUACAGCACCUCUGUGUCCAACUCCUCCUUACAGCUUGAUCCUAUAUCUAGGCGUCCCCACAGCUCCUAUCUAUAGAUACAAUAUUUAACGGAUUAAAAAUAAUCUUUUCCAGUUUUAUGGAUUAUCAGUACAUUAUUGUAGGGAUUGCGAAAUAAAAAAUAGCUAAUUUUUUCUGGUUCUAAAUUCUUAAAUGGAAGAGUUCCCUCCUUUAUUGUCAUUUGAUAAACAGCACAUAAUGAGGCCAUUUGUUUUUGGACAGUAGGUGGAACUGAAGAACCAACUUGAGGAUGUCACGUUAGGCUCUUUGGAAUCAUUUUUGGUGGAAAAAAAAUCAUCACGAAUCCCUACAAACGCCCACAUAUCCAUCAAUCAGUUAAUUCUUAAAUGUUGGCGUUAUUUUUUUAAUAACUUUUGAAUGUGGCUGUUAAUUUAAAAUAAAGAAAAUUUCAACUUUAACUUCUUUUACACAAAGUUUCCUCUAACUUUGUCGUUUCACAUUACCUGACUUUAUGGCAGUGGAUGCCGUGCUGCGGCAGUAAACAGCAUCUCUGCUGAGGUGGGUAGUAGCCUUUGUGUUGUUGGCAAAGGACUGGCCUCAGAGAGCCCCCUCUCGUAAGCCAAAAUGGGACUAUGAAGAGCUGUUUUGAAGCUGAAAGCGCUGUUUCUUGCGGUGCCAAAUGAUCUGGAUCGCUAAAAAGAGCCUAAAUUCCCUUCAUUUGGAGUGUCUAUGCAGAGGUUGUCUACCUGAGAUAGAUGCAUGCAAUCCCUGCUCUAAUGGGGUAGGACUGAUCUCAGAAAACUUGAGAAAGAUCAGACAGCUGGUGAAGAUUUGCACUAAGUUGUAGCUUUGAAGUUAUAAUUGGAUCUUAAUGGAUAUAAUUAAUAAUAAUAAUUAUAAUAAUAAUAAUGAGUAUAACUUUAUUUUUAUAGCACUUAAAAAAAGAGUUUACAAAGUGCUUUAACAUGCAGGAAAAGAUAAAAACAACAGAACAACAACAAGAGAACACUUGGAGGGAAAGAGCCUUGACAAGACUAAAACUCAGACUACAUGAUGACGUUAUUGGCAACAAAGAAAUAAAAUAAAAUAAAAAUCGGUGGAAGAUAUAAAAGCUUAAAUGAGCGUCACACGAGCCGAGCUUGUCAAACAGGUUUUAUGUUAAUGUUAAGUUUGAACAGAGGAUUAACCUUGAUCAAAGCCAAGUCUUUGUUAACAUAUGAAGUGGGUUAAAUUUCUGAUUUACUUUGCCUACCUCUAAACAUGAACCUUUAUCCUACUGAGGUGACAUCCACCCACACAUUUAGUGCAUAGAGCACUUAUCAGUUUUAAUUAGCAGACUGAAUCUAACCAAUCAUUUUAAUAUCCCUCUCUGCCAAUGGGUGACCCAAUGAAAGUUGUCUGGCAACUCAAUUUGGGUCAUGACCCUAAGUUUGGGAUCACCAAAGUCAGCAGGUUUCAAUCUUUGGGUGCUCUUCAUUGCUUGGGGUGCUUUUUAUAUGCAGCCCGUCACUCUAACAUCUCUCCAUUAGUGCAUUUUUGGAGGAUUGUGUUUGUGCAUUUAAGUCUUUCUGCCUAACGUGUGUAGCAUGUUCAAUGACGGAGUGAAAACAUUGAAUUUUCUCCUGGAGAUAGGGGAAGCAUAUCUUCCUCCUUUCAGUUCAUUAACCUUUCUUUUGUAAAGCAAAGUUACAGAUAUAAUUGUUUCCUCUGAAAGAUGCUCUGUGUUUUGUUUUAUUGUGAUAAUGAAGUCUGUAAAUUUACAUCUGUCUGUUUAAUGAGGCCAUUCAACUCUUUUAUUAUUUCUGUCGAUAACAACACGUUUGGAAAACCUGUAAUUUGUCAAGACAGAAAAUCACUCACUUUCUCAAUCACUCGCCUUCUUUUUCCAUCCCUUCCUCCCUUCUAUUUGUCUCUUUCUUCUCCAGUACGCAAGCUGGCCCCAAAUGAAUUCCCCCACAAACUGUAUGUACAGAAUUAUACCUCAGCCAUCCCAGGAACCUGCCUCACAUUGCGUAAGUGGCUCUUCACCACAGAAGAAGAGAUUCUGCUGAAUGAAAACCAGCUGGCAGUUAACUACUUCUUCCACCAGGUCUGUGCACAAGUCAGAUCUCUUCACGUCUCUGAAUGUAUGAACGUUUUCGUCUUUUUUAACCGUAACUUCCCCUUUUUUUCUCUUGUGGUCCAAUCUGUGCAGGCUGUGGAGGAUGUGAAGAAAGGCUUCAUUAAAGCAGAGCAAAAGUCCUACCAACUGCAGAAGCUGGCUGAGCAGAAGAAAAUGUCAAUGGUUAGUAUUUCACAUAAGAGCCGACACUCCACGACUACUUUACUACAGCUCUGAGUCACAGACACAGAAAGAAGAGUUCAGUUCAUCUUAUGUCAUCUCGUCUCUCCCACCUGUUCGGUCUCCCUGCACCGCUUGUGAUAUAACAAUAAGGAGCAGAGUCUUCUGGGAGUGGAGGUUGACUAACAGAAAGAGUGUAGUAAUGUAGAGGAGGAAAUGUGCAUUUAUACUUAAUUCUGUUUUAAAACUACCAAAUACUUUGGACAGAUUAACCAAGUCUUUAGUUCCGAUCAGGUUGUAUCCGGUUGAAUUUUGUCGUAUGGCUGUAAAGCUAAAGGACAUUUACACAUCAAGUGGUGCUUCCCUCAAGUACACGUUGUAACACAGGGUAAAGAAAAACAAAAAAAAACCUUGUCUCAUGUCUUCUGCCUCUACCUCUCUUAGUAUCUGAGUUUGCUGAGGAGUUGUGAGGGCUACAACGAGAUCAUAUUCCCCCACUGUUCCUGCGACUCCAGACGCAAAGGCCACGUCAUCACAGCCAUCAGCAUUCACCACUUCAAGCUGCAUGCCUGCACAGAGGAAGGGACUCUUGAGGUAUCACAAAAAAAACUGUUUUUGUGUUUGUUUUCUUGCAUUCAUUUAAAUAUAUGUUAAAGGGAGGAAACAUGAACUGAAGUUUCAGUUUUGUUCCAGAACCAGGUAAUUGCAUUUGACUGGGGGGAGAUGCAGAGAUGGGACACGGAUGAGGAGGGUAUGGCCUUCUGCUUUGAAUACGCCCGAGGAGAGAAGAAACCACGCUGGGUGAAGAUUUUUACACCUUAUGUGAGUAUGAACCUGCACAUUAUAACACAUGUGCCACAGUGCAGCAGGGAAAGUACAGAUUUUAAAUGAUUACAAGGCAAUUUGGAACAAUAGUUUGAAUUUGAAACUUUUAAAGAAAAUACAUUUUCAAUUUAGGGAAUGCCCAGACUUUGAUAUCCUUUUCUUAUUGCCAGCAAAAUUUAUCAAGUCUUUCUUAUUCUUAGGCUCAAUUGAAAUUUCCUAACCCAUGUUUUUGUCUUUGCAUUUUCUGUUUAGUUCAACUACAUGCAUGAGUGCUUCGAGAGAGUCUUCUGUGAGCUCAAGUGGAGGAAGGAAGUAAGAACCAUUUACUGACAGACAAUGCUGUUUUUGAACAGGCCGUUUUUAUGUGUAGGUUUCUUAGACUCUUGUGUUUCCACAGGUGGAAGAGGAGGCCACAGACAAGGACAAUAAGAACUGCAGUAAAGAUGGUAUGUGUGGCAAGGUAAGGCUUUGCCUGCCUCUGUCCAUUCCAUGAUCAGUCAUAGCCUGAGUGAAUUUCACUGUAUUCUGCCUCUGAGUUUGUCUCCGUCUGUGUUGCCGUCCCCGCUGCAGAAUAUUUUCCAGCUGCUGAGGCACAGAAGGGAUGGAGGCACCUAGGAAGGGAGAUCGUUACCUCUUAACUAGACACCGCCGUCACCGUCUCCGCUCAGUCCAGCCCUCGUUUAGCCCUCCAGCUAUUAGCUACAUGGUCAUCUUAUACACUACCAACAGCUACAACCUGAGAACCUUACCCUCUGUACAUGCAAACCAACAAGCAUCUGCAAAUCAACAAAGUGGAUAAACAGCAGGAUAAGAAGCUUAAAACACAUGAACUAGAAACUCUUAAAUCGAGCACAUCAUAAUCAUGCAUUUAGCAGUGCUCUGUCAAAAAGAAUUGAGGCCUCUGUCGAAUUACGGAUCCAUUUCAGCCUUCGUCUUGUCAGCAGCGACUUGAAGUGGAAUGUUUCUUGCACACGAGGAGGCUUCGAGGAAAAAUUUUUGGACUAACAAGGAAAUCCGAAGCUGUAAGUGCUCAAAAGGGAAGAUGAAUAACACUGAACAGGGAUACUGAAGGUUUGACUGCAGAAAGACACUGAGCAGAUCAGAGCUGCAGUGUCUUUGCUCUUUUUCGCCAGGUGUGAAACAUGCAUGCAGUGUGUUAAGACAUGGGAACAAUGAGUGCAGCAGAGCCCUAAAAUGAAAGAGGCCAAGCAGAGCUGGGUCCUUCGAAUGUAAGUGCCCCUUGAUUUGUGGCAUAUUAUACAUUUUCAUUUGUUUGCUUCUAAGUUUGCUUUAAAAAAUGACAACUAUUAACAUUUUAAUGUGGAAAAGUAAGAGAAGGGAGAGAGAAAGGGAUUAUUAUUAGUUAGGAUUAUCAAGACACAUUUUUCAGUCAGUGAAUGCAGCUGUGAUGAUGAUGAUGAUGAUGAUGAUUGAUCAUGAGUGGGAACAUGUUUAAAAAUGGACCAAAGUUGCACUUUAUUCAACAGUAUUAACAGCCUCCAAAAUAACCUAAAAUAAUGGGAAUAACACACGAUCUAGUUUGUGCUUUGUUUACAUCCGUUUUUGACUCACUAACAACAGUAUGAUUUUUUUAACUGCAUUAUAAGAUGGCUUUUGCAUCCUGCAGAGCCACGCAUUAAACUUUUAUGUAUUAAUAAUAUUACAUGACACUCUGUUCUCCCCUGCAGCAGUGAUGUUGGACACUGAUCAGACAUGCUGGAGUGUGCAUUUCCCCUUUAAAACAGCAGGGGUCCUACUCACUCUGUUGUCUCUGCUGCUGCUGCAGCCGGUGAUUGCUUUGUUUCUGAGAGCUCCCACUGGAUUUAUAACAAGCCUGUAAUUCAAACUGCAGCACUAUUUAUCUCUGUAGCCGGUACUUCCUGUACCGUUAAACUGCUCGUGCAUUCUGGAUUCAGGUUAAGUAGGGAGAGGCUUUCUUAGCAAAACAGGCAGCUUGUACUCUUCAUCAACAUGAUAGAUAUAAAGUGAAGUGUGCACAUUCACUGCAGGCUGCGCAGCAACAGCAGUGCAAUGUAAUAAACAGUGUAAUUUAAUGUUCCUCGAAAUGAGCCCAGUUAGUGUUCCUAUUCCUGGUAAGCCAUUAUAAUAAGGUUAUAUUAAACAUAUUACAGCAUUAUUAUCUGAUGAUAAAAUACUUCAGGUUGACAAAUUGAUGAAGAAAUAAUUGAAUUACCGAUCAUUGCGUCAUUCUAACUCUUAAACUCACAUUAAAUAUUUAUAUUUGCUUAGUGCAAUAUUUUGAUGCUACUUCUUUAUGCUUCAUUAUCGCUUCAGUGCUUUAUUAACUCAUUUUGAAGGAGGAUUUGCAUGUGUUUUGAAUUUUAUUUUCUCUAUCCAGAAUUUUCACAAGAUGCUGCCUCAGGUUAAAAUGUUUCAUUAUCUCAUUUGUGAUGAGCUAAUACUUGAAAUUAUUUGUAUUCAAACAUGGCUAAUUUUUCCACCGUCAUGUAAGGUAAUUAAAGAUUUUAUUCACGCCAAAAGCAAAAACCAAAACAAGACAUAUAAUUGAGUCAGUAGACUAAAAAUUUCAGCUUUUUUCAAGCCAUUAGUCUUACAAGGCGAAUUGUGAUGAGAUCAAUCGUUUUUGAUCACUCUCAAGGAAGUAAAGAGUCAAAAUUAGCAGUAUUGGAAGAGUGCUUGUUCCAGUGAUGGUGCUGCUCAGCCAGGCCAUUUUUAAUUGAUUAAUGAGCUCCAGCAGACCUCAGUCGGGGUGUAAAGGAGCUUUAAUUGAAUGUGUUUGAGUCUUAAAUUGAUUGGUUGGAUGUGCAGUCCUAAAGGUGGAAUGAAUUUCCCAGGAUUCUUGUCUGUGUACUGGACCAUGUCUGACACGGUCGAUUGUCCGCUCUGCCCACCUCCAACUGUUCUGCCCCCCCCCUUUCUUCUCUCUCUCUCUCUUUUCCUCUCUCAUCCCGACAUAAGUUCAUUGUCACUAACGUUAUUUAUUUCAGUAAGAUAAAAUAUAAAAAUUUGUUAUCUGUUAAGUUUUUCUCCUGAUAUGCUUUGGAUUAUAAAGAGUCAAACUAAGAAGAGGCUGGACAUAAACAACCUGCAGGUUCUCUGACAUGCUGAAAUGUAUAAUUUAAGAUGAAGUGUUUGGUUACACCGCUUACUGUAAUAAAUUGUAACAUAUUCUUUUGAAUAAACAGUUUAUUGAUUCAAAGUUGGUCUUUUGUUUAUGGAGUGUGUGUGUGUGUGGGAACCUUGGACAACAGCUGUAGGUGGGAGUUUAGAGCCGUGUCCUGCCAAAAGCCUGGAGCUAUACACAAGCUUCUCCUUGAGCGGUGGGAGAAUAAUUCUAUAAAGAUAAUUUCACUCUCCCUCUGUCUUUGUGUACCCACAUCUGUUUCCUUU